UGAGUGCUAUGUUCAUCGCCUGUAAGGCGUCAUUCCGGCGAUACUUUUGGCGCGUUUAAGUUUUCCCUCUCCACUUAUUUAUAUAGUAGCCAAUCGAGUUCGCGUAGGCGGUGCAGCAAUCCGUAAGGGCGGACACCAACCAAUGAGCACGUGAGUGAUGUCCGGGUCCGAGGAUUGCACUGAUUUUGUCUGAAGCAACUGCGGCAAGUCGUCUCAGUUCUGUUCCAAGUGUCGAGAGGUGUAUGUGUUUUCAACGUUCGUUUGGAACAUUUCUUUACACGUUGCUUUACACCGGCGAUCAAUUGAGAGAAAAAACGUGGUCCUCGGAAAUGUUUCUUCAGGAUAUGGACAACGCAUCUCUCAUGCAGCUGCCACCAUUCUUCGCGCAGUCAUCGAUCACUCUACAACAUAAAUUAGGUGAGAGGAUGAACGCACACAGAUGGGCAUUUCAACCGAAACCUACAAUGUUGAUGGGAGUCAAAGUGGAAUUGGUUAAUCGAGAUCUCUGGCAGCAAUUCCACGAGCAAAAUACAGAAAUGAUUAUUACAAAGUCUGGCCGACGUAUGUUCCCGUCGAUACAAAUAAACGUGAGUGGUUUACAAAGGCGGGACAAUUAUUGUAUCGCUAUGGAGAUAACAGCAGCCUCCAAACAUCGACACAAAUAUUGUGGAUAUGACAACGAGAACAAGAGUGCCGCUAAUAUGGGUGGCUGGAGCGUCGCGGGACCGGCAGAGCCGCAGCAUCCCUUCGAACGCAGAAUUUACGUUCAUCCCGACAGUCCCGCGACGGGGGAACAUUGGCUUAACAGUGCAAUCAGCUUCAACAAAUUGAAGCUCACCAAUAACAUCAACGACCGCCAUACUAACGUGGUAUUAACAUCGAUGCACAAGUACGUUCCUAAGAUCUGGAUAAUCCGUUGCAACACUUUUGAUCAUAUCUACAACCUUUUUUCUCAUCCAGCCGCGUCGUUCACUUUCAAGGAGACAGAAUUUAUUGCAGUAACGGCAUAUCAAAACGAGAACAUCACGAAGUUGAAGAUCGAUAAUAAUCCAUUCGCGAAGGGUUUUCGCGUAACGGGACAAUCGCGAUUCAAACGCAAGUAUAAUCAGACUGAUCAACAAAGUCAACUUGGUUCCAGUCACACGAACGACGAAGGGGACAGCGUCUCCUUUUACGACUCCGAAUCAAGUCGUAUCGAGGCGAGCGAACGGAGUAAUUCGGAAAGUAAUUUGGAGAGUUCAACGCAAGAAUCGUCGAAAAGACUCGCGGUCGAGAGUAACGCAGACAACGAUGAACAACGCGUACCUACCGGACCGGCAAACCUGCGGGUACCGAUUCCCGCGAAUCUAAGAUCACCAUUGACGAACGGGAACGACGAGAAUGAGAUGCGUUUUCAUAGACCCUGGCUGGACUUCUCGCCGAAGCAAGUCCCAGAAGUAACCCUCACUCCGUCGACGUAUUACAAUUCGGAUUACCCGAGUGAUAUAUAUUCGUGGUAUAUGAAUAACUAUAGGAGAUUCUAUGAGUAUCAGUGCCAAUUGCACAAUUAUUACAGUUCCACACUUGGACACAGUAAUUAUUACCCGUGAUAAUUAUACAAACGGAAGAAUAUUGUUAUAUUUUGCAUCUGGGGAUUUUCAUGAAAUAAAUGUUUUAUGAAAAAUAAUAUGUGCGAAUAAUUGAAAUGAUGAAAGUGACUUUAAAAUUGUUGUUCGGAACAACGAUUAUGUAACACAUUAAAGUAUAUAUAUAUAUUUGUGUAUAUUUAUUAUGUUUAUUAUUAUUUUGUAAUGGUCUAAAAUGUAAAAGGUUCUAAUAACAUAGGUUGAAACUCAUUUUACAUUUUGAGGACUUCACAUUUUAUGUAUAAAAAUUUAAUUUGAAUUUGUAUAAUUAUUUGCACAUCUUAUUCUUCGUUUAUAUACAAUAAACGUUUAGGGGUCUU